AUGGGCUCUGCUCUGCGGCGUCGCUGGCUAGUGGUCCAACUCCUCAUGCAGGUGUGGCUGGCAGCCAACCCAUCCCUGAGUGAGCGCCAGUGCCCCAAGAGCUGCCGUUGCGAUGGGAAGAUAGUUUACUGCGAAUCCAGCGCCUUUCGCGAUGUGCCCAAGAACCUUUCUGGAGGCUGCGAAGGCCUUUCUCUGCGUUACAACAGCCUUGCCAGUCUCCGGGCUGGGCAGUUUGUAGGCCUUAAUCACCUUAUAUGGCUCUACUUGGAUCAUAACUACAUUGCAACAGUGGAUGCGGUGGCUUUCCAGGGAGUCCGCAGACUUAAGGAACUGAUUUUAAGUUCCAACAAGAUCACAUCUCUCCACAACACAACAUUUCACCCAGUUCCUAAUUUGCGCAACCUGGAUCUGUCAUACAACAAACUGCAAGCCUUGCAACCUGGGCAGUUUCAAGGGCUCCGCAAACUUCUAAGCCUUCACAUACGCUCAAACUCUCUGAAAACCGUCCCAAUGCGUCUCUUCCAAGAUUGCAGGAAUUUGGAGUUCUUGGAUCUUGGCUACAACCGUCUACGCAGCAUCACUCGCAAUGCUUUUUCUGGCUUGGUCAAACUCACCGAGCUGCACUUGGAGCAUAACCAGUUUUCAAAGAUCAAUUUCUCCCAUUUCCCGCGCCUGUACAAUUUGAGGGCAUUGUAUUUUCAGUGGAACCGCAUUCGCUCCAUGAGCCAGGGCCUAACCUGGACCUGGGCCUCCAUCCAGAAAAUGGAUCUGUCUGGAAACGACUUAAUGGAAUUGGACCCGGUAGUUUACCAGUGUCUGCCCAAUCUCCAGACGCUAAACCUGGACUCCAACAAGCUUACCAAUGUGUCCCAGGAGGUGGUUGAUGCCUGGGUGUCCCUGACCACCAUUAGCUUAGCGGGAAAUGUUUGGGACUGUAGCCCAGCCAUCUGUCCUCUGGUGAGCUGGCUGAGGAAUUUCCGUGGUGCCAAAGAGACCACGAUGAUUUGCGCUUCUCCCAAGAAAGCCCAAGGUGAGAAAGUAAUGGAUGCGGUCGAAGCUUUCACCGUAUGUCAAUUGUCUCCUCUAACCACGUUACAAAGCAGCACGCCGACUCCGUCCCACAUCCCCGCUCAAACUGAAAAGCGUCCCGUUAUCAUGGCUAUCCCUACCGGAUCUGGCAAACGUGGUGGGUCACUUCAAGGCCCUACCUUGCCAUCUGCCACCCCACCUGUUGUGCAGCCACCUGAGCAAGAACUGGAACCAGUCUCCUUCCACAAAAUUGUUGCCGGAAGCGUUGCCCUGUUCCUAUCCGUGGCCAUGAUCUUGUUGGUGAUUUACGUGUCUUGGAAGCGUUAUCCCAGCAGUGUCAAGCAACUCCAGGAGCAUUCGGCGGCUGCACGCAAGCGGCGCAAGAAAGCCAGAGAAACGGAACGCACCCUUAGCUCCCCUCUGCAGGAGUACUAUGUGGACUACAAGCCGACCAACUCUGAGGCCAUGGACGUGCUUGUCAAUGGAUCCGGUCCGUGCACCUACACCAUUUCAGGCUCACGAGAAUGCGAGGUAUGA